AUGUCCCCCGUCGACGAGCAGCAGCUGCAGCCGCCCAGCGCGAGUCCAGAGCCCGAAGCGGCAGCGGUGCUAGCAGAGCCCAAUUCCGACUCUACGGUGGUCGUGAUAGUCGAGCCAGAAGCACCUCAACGCCUCAGCAGCCUCAGCAGCAUCCCGGACGCUGACAAGCCUCUCCCGCGGCCAAACAGGUCCCCACCGCCCGCCGCAGGGCCCUCGCGCAUCUCGCUGCCGCCCGCGGACAACGUGCCCGGCCCGUCGCGGCGGAACACCGGCUCGUACGACAAGUCGCCCGCGGGGAGCAUCUCCGGGCCCGCCUCUCCGCAGCCCAUCCCGGUACCCUUCUCCCGCCCGGCGGACGCGCUCCUGCGCGACCGUGGAGACCGGCGCGCGCUCAGCAGCCUUGGACACGGCGCCAUCUCGGAUGACAGGUACCAGCCCGCGCGUGCGGUCAGCUACGACCCCCGCAUGGCCCGCCACGCGGCCAGGCGGGGUGUACAGUCGGAGGUGUUUGAGCGGGCUGCCGCGGGGGAACGGCCGCGCACGGCGCCGUACGGGACGGUGGGCGAAGAAUACGUCGGCACCAAUGUGGAUUGGAUGAUCCCGAACGCCCCGCCGGAUGCGCGCGUGCCGCCAAACGGCAACAUGCCGAUGCCGAAUGCGAGCGGGUACGCAUCGGUGGACGUGAAGGAGGUGUCGAGCAGCAUAACACGGGAGAAAACGGUGUACGAGCGACUGCAGCCUACACUGGAGCACGCGAACACGGAGCUGGCGGCGUAUACUCUGAAAGCGAGGUUGACUGGAUAUUCCCUGAACGCUUGCAUUGGACUACAAGUUCUACUUGGCGCGGUGACCACUGGCGUCGCCGCAGCCACCACCGGUAAAUCCGCCUCCAUUGGGGUGGCUGUCCUCGGGGGGCUUUCCACUCUCGCGGCAUCGUACCUUGCGCGCACACGCGGGUCCGGCGAGCCCGAGGCGUCGACCGCACGCUGCAAAGAUCUGGAAAACUUCAUCCGCGAGUGUGAGGCGUUCACGCUCGACAAGGGCCAUGUCGUCGGCACUGAAUACGACUAUGUGAUCGAGAAAUUCCGCCAGCGGUUCGAGGAGAUCAUGGGCAACGUCUCAAAUAGCCCAAUCGACGGGCAGAAGGAGAAGGGCAACUCUUCGGUGUGA